AUGGCGAGACGAGUGUUGGAAUCAGAACUGUUAGCAAAGGAUGGAAUUACUCAGAAGCCGCUAGGCCCUGGCAAGUCGGUAGAUAUAAUGAAGGAGAUCCGAAUACACAAGACAUCAGGAGGGGUCUUCAGUGUACAGUUCAACUAUACUGGGGAAAUGCUGGCUGUUGGGUUUGGGACUGGUGGUGUGCAGCUGUAUGAAACCCAGACGGGGGAGAUGGUGCAGGAACUUCGGCCUUGUCGACAAGGAGGCUUUGCUAUUAUGGUGCUGCGGUUUCACCCCAAGGAGCCCCAUAUUCUGUAUGCCGGGUCUGCUGAAGGCAAUGUGUAUGUGUUUAGCACAAAAACCGGGGCGCUACUGGAGACAAUCAAUGAGUUCGGCAAUGAAAUAAAUACACUGGACUUUUGUGUGGAUGGAUACAACUUUGCCACUGGUGGUAAGGACCUUGGUAUUCGAGUCUAUGAAACAAAAUCAAAUAAGCUAAUCAAAGAGUGGAAGGGCUGUAACCACAACUCCGCCGUGGUGGAUACAAUGACUGUAGGCAACACAAUGAGGAUAUUUUGUAUCAAAUUCCACCCGAACAACCAGUACAUCUUUGUCAGCGGAGGCUGGGACAAUCAUCUUAAGAUCUGGGAUGUUCGAGAUAAUGAUGGUAUCAAAAGGAACAUCCGUGGACCUCACAUUUGUGGAGAUUCCCUUGACCUGAAGGAAAACGAAAUUCUCUCAGGACAGUGGACCGCCCUCCAUGCUCUGCAAGUGUACAACUACAGCAGCGGGAACGUGGUGCGUGAGAUCUCCUACCCACACACAGAUGGGGCAUUCCUCUACGCUGCCGUCUAUUGUAACGCAGAUACUGUGUUCGCCGGGGGCAGCAGUACUAACAGGGCGGAGGUGUUAGAGAUCUCUACAGACCGGCAUGUUGGUGGGUACCAGUUGUCCGGGCCGGUGCAGGCCUUGGAUAGUGCAAACCAGGGUAGAGCUCUUGCUGUCGGCGGUGCAGCACCAGUGUUCGCUAUACUUACUCUACAGGACUGA